AUGGAUAGUGAAAAACGAAUGAAACCCAGAAUAUAUGAGUUGGAAAAGCACCGCAGUAACGUACGAAUUAUCCUUCAAUGUUCAAACGCAACCCCCAUUCGAUGUAUGGGCGGCAUCGGUUACGCCUGCAGCUUUUGUGGAGACGAGUACCCAGACCCUGCAGACUUAAAAAAACACACAAUCGAGGCACAUGACGAUAAAACUAAAUUAAAAUUUAUGGCUGGAAAAAUGAUGUUUUCAUAUUUAGUUAAACUAGAUAUUACAAAUUUACGUUGUAACAUAUGCGAUGCUCAAAUCGAAUCGUUAGAUCUUUUAACCGAUCAUCUCCUCAAAGACCAUGGAAAACCACUGCAUACAGAUAUCAAAAGCCACAUAAUGCCUUUUAAGUUCGUUGAUGACGUCCUUAAAUGUAUGUUCUGCUCAAACGUGUUUAAUAAAUUUAAAAAUUUGCAACAGCACAUGAACGUUCACUUUAGAAAUUUCGUUUGCGAGUUUUGUGAUGCCGGUUUCAUUAACAGGCAUAUCCUAUCCGCCCAUACAGAAGCGCACAAACUGGGAACAUUUAAAUGCGAUCUGUGUUCGAAAGUGUUCGACACGCAUAGAAAAAAGAAAAGCCACGAGAAAUCUGUUCAUGUACACGCGAAUUUACUCAGCAAAUGCGGUUAUUGUAAUUUAAAAUUUACAAACUAUAAAAGGCGGGACCUUCAUUUAGUUAAAGUACACGGUGUACACAUAAAAGCCGUUAAAUGUCACGCUUGUGACAAGUCAUUUGACAAUAAAAGCGCGUUAACGAUACACACUAAACGAGAUCAUUUGAUGGAACGAAGAUUCAAAUGUACAGAGUGUGAUAUGAACUUUUUUGGUUCCAAUGAGCUUAAAUUGCAUAUGGUUAAACAUACGGGCUUGAGAGAGUUCAAAUGUGAUGUAUGUUUAAAAUCUUAUGGGAGAAAGAAAACUUUGACAGAACACAUGAGGAUACACAAUGAUGAUAGGAGAUUUAAAUGUGAAGAAGACGAAACUGUCAAUAUUGGAUCUCAAACUUCUAACAGAGUUCUUAAUACUAUGGCAACUAUUAACGAUAUUAGAGGGGAAGUUGCUAAAAAUCAAAACAACUUGACACAAAUACUCAAGUACACAAAUGCGACGCCAAUACUCCGGCAAUCUGAGAUCGGAUAUGUUUGCUAUUUCUGCGACAAACAAUGUCGCGAUCCAGCCGCACUAAAGACACAUUGCUUGGAAUUCCAUGGGAAUGGUAAACCACGAUCUGCGCAUAUGAGGCAAAAGAAUAUAUCCUUCUAUGUGAAAUUGGAUAUCACUGGACUCAGAUGCAAUAUUUGUAAUAAAAAUAUGAAUACGCUGGAAGGAUUAUUUAAUCAUCUCAAGAAUGAACACCAAAAGAAAAUAUUUACGGAUCAUAAGAAUUUAAUUAUACCAUUCAAGUUCGACACUGAGACUUUAAGUUGUUACAUAUGCUUGAAUAUAUUUGAAAAGUUUAAAAAAUUAAUGGAACAUAUGCACACGCAUUAUGGGAAUUAUGUGUGUGAAAUAUGUGGACUUGGUUUUGUUACACAAGGCUCGCUAGUCAGUCAUUCCGAGUGCCAUAAAGUAGGCAAUUUCGAAUGCGAUGUCUGCCACAAACCAUUUAAUACCUUGUACAAGAAAAAUAGUCACGUAAAAAACGUUCAUAAACCAAAAAAUGAAAGGUUUAGGUGUGCUUUUUGCACUGAGAAGUUUACGGAAGCACAGAAGAGAAAUGUGCAUUUAUCGAAGGUCCAUGGAAUAACAAAUCAUCAUAUCAAAUGUCGAUCUUGCGACAAAACCUUUAGCUCUAAAUGGUCUAUGACACUACACACAAGACGACAGCAUCUAAUGGAAAAAAGAUUUAAAUGUUCUGAUUGUGAUAUGAGUUUCUUUUCUGCGGAUGAACUAAACAAGCAUGGUUUAAAACAUUCCGGCGUGAAAGAGUUGAAAUGUGACGUCUGCUCGAAGUCUUAUGCGAGACGGACAACUUUGAUAGAACAUAUGAGAAUACAUAAUGAUGACAGGCGAUUCAAAUGUGAAUAUUGCGGACAAGCGUUUGUACAAAAGUGUAGUUGGAAAGGUCAUAUGAAGAAUAAGCAUGGCCAAAUCGUGUCAUAA